AUAGUUAUAACCCGUCCGCAGUAAGUUAGCAAACGUGAAAGUGUGUGAGCAGCCGUAGAGUGACGUCUUCUCCGUAGGCUCGUCACUGUUAUUACUCGAGAUCGCUAACGUGACCAUGGAGGAUGUUAACGACGCGAACCAGUCCGAUUCCUAGCUAGUUCCGCGCCGCACGUGUGCUUAAAAACGCUACUUUUCCUCCGAAAUUACCCAAACCCUCCACCGCGAAGCCGCAAAUAGAGCAUGGUGACUCCAUGGUGACUCCUCCGUUACGUAAUUAAAUUAGUGAUGUGGUGUCGCGCCACCGAAAUUGCCGCUCAGUUGGGUGCCGACAGCGUUUCUUUGCCGUCUGCUGGGUCGAUGGUCCAAGGCCGGUGGUAGAGAAGCUGCCCUGUCCAUCUGCGGCAGUUCUUUCUUACCUGUGCACGCGAUGGUGGCGACCCAACUCUCACUCUCCCAUCAGUCCCAUCGCAAACUCUAGUGUCGAGUAACUCCUAGUGGUGACCGUGCAAAUGCUCAUAACGCAGUGAUAACACGUAAAGGCACGAGAGGAUGAAGCCUGGUGAAUUUAAGCGUGUCCUCUUCCUUUUCUCCCUCUGCUGCGUUUUAUUCUUCGUUUACCUUUAUUGGCAACAGUCGACCAGCAUUGAUACCUCACGGAUUAUCUACUCCUACAGGCAUACCUUAAGCAAACAGAAAUUCGUUGGCCAUCCCAAUAGGCUAUGGAAUCUUAAAAAUGUAACACUAAAGACACACCCUCCCCAGUGGACUUGGCAAUGUAUAAAUCAGCGCUGCGAGAGGCGGCAUAUAAAAGGGGCCAUCCCCGUAGUGUCAUUAUCGACAUGCAGCAUGUUGUGCGGCUCGACGCAACUCUGGCCCCAGCCCACAGGACCCGUAACUCUCGGCAGCAGGGCCGUGACAUUCAACCACCAGCAAUUAGAGCUGGAGACCGCCGCGUCAGAACCAGCAAGAAGUCUAUUGCAGCAGUCCUUCAUGGCCUUCAACAGCAACGUUAUCAGUCUAGUCCAGAGCAAAGAUUAUUUAGAGAGAAGUACAGACAUCAAGAGGCUAGUGGUUAGAGUUAAUAUAGCGCAACACAAUGUCGUUAAGCUGAAGCUUGAUACUAGUGAAAGUUACACGUUGGUGGUUAAGCCCAAAGAUGACGAAGUGAUAGCAAAUAUAACAGCUAAGACGUUCUUUGGGGCCAGACACGGUCUAGAGACCUUGUCGCAGUUGAUUUGGUGGGACGACUAUGACAAAACAGGCAUGCUGAAAAUACUUAAAAGUGCUAGCGUUAAAGAUAACCCCAUUUUUCCCUAUAGAGGACUAAUGAUAGACACGGCGAGAAACUACAUGUCAGUUGAAAGUAUUCGUCGAGUUCUAGACGGCAUGGCUGCCAGUAAACUGAAUGUCUUCCAUUGGCAUAUCACUGAUUCACAGAGCUUUCCCUUAGUAUCAUACAGAGUCCCUCAACUUGCAAAAACUGGUGCCUACGGACCUGACAUGAUUUACACACCGGAAGACGUGCGUGCUUUAGUAGAAUUUGCAAGAAUCAGAGGAAUUAGAGUUAUUCUAGAAGUGGACACGCCUGCCCAUGCUGGGAAUGGAUGGACCUGGGGACCUCAGGAAGGUUUAGGAGAAUUGGCUGUGUGUGUCAACGAACGACCUUGGAGUCUUUACUGUGGCGAACCUCCUUGUGGACAACUAAACCCAGAAAACGUCAACGUAUACGAUAUUUUAGAAAAAAUCUAUAGAGAUCUUUUAGAACUUACUGAGGAGCGCGAACUAUUUCAUAUAGGAGGAGACGAAGUAAAUCUCGAAUGUUGGGCCCAACACCUACAAAAAAGCACAACCAUAAUGAACUACACAGAUCUGCACGACCUUUGGGGCGACUUCACCCUCAAAGCUUUGAAAAGGUUAGAGGCUGCCAACAACGGCAACAAAGUUCCACUUGUGAUAAUGUGGUCGAGUAACCUAAGCAAAAGACCGUAUGUUAAUAAAUACUUGGAUAAAAACAACAUUGUGGUACAAAGUUGGGGUGCCAGUCAGUGGCCGGACACUCCAGACUUGAUCGCCGACGGUUACAGAGUGAUACUCUCCCACGUAGAUGCUUGGUACUUGGACUGUGGCUUCGGAAGGUGGCGAGAAACAGGAGAGGCUGCUUGCGAUCCCUACCGGCCUUGGCAGACCGUGUACAACCACCGCCCGUGGCAGCAACUGCACCUGAACAAGAGGCAGAUUCUCGGAGGUGAAGCGUGUUUGUGGAGUGAACAGUUCGACGAGAGUUCUUUGGACGCUCGACUGUGGCCUCGAGCCGCCGCUUUUGCUGAGCGUGUGUGGAGCGACCCUCAACUGGAUACUACCACCUUCACGAUACAGGAGGACGUUUAUACGCGACUCAAUACUCACAGGGAUCGAAUGAUUUCGCGAGGGUUGGGGGCAGAGGCCUUGUGGCCGACUUGGUGCGUACAAAAUCCCGGCAUGUGCCUUUGACGACAGCGGACCAAUUUAGGACUUGUUGUUAAUUUAUUAAGUUCACGUUUGCACGUCAGUGAUAUUAGUUUUAUUGUUUCCAGCACCGGACUGAUUUUAUUAUGUGCCAACCCUGUUUAGUACGACUGAGAUAAUGCUUACAAUUUUCAUGACCCCUGACUCUUGCCCGUGAUGAGUACUUACAGCCAAAGUUUCUUUGUUUAAAUAAAACUUUUCAUCAGUACAAUUGUAAUGUUAAGUUUAAGAGUCAUCAAGUGUUGCUUAUUUAUUAAAUAAAACUUUUAAUGAAAUGUG